GAUUUGCCCGGUGCGCUCGCCGACGGAAGCGGAAGUGUCUGUGGGGGCGAGUAGGAAGUGGGGGUUCUGUGGUGGAGAUGGCCGCGCUGGCUCCGCUGCCCCCGCUGCCCCCACAGUUUAAGAGCAUACAGCAUCAUCUGAGGACGGCUCAGGAGCAUGACAAGCGGGACCCCGUGGUGGCCUAUUACUGUCGGUUAUAUGCUAUGCAAACUGGAAUGAAGAUUGAUAGUAAAACUCCGGAGUGUCGUAAAUUUUUAUCAAAGCUAAUGGAUCAGUUAGAAGCUCUUAAGAAACAGUUGGGUGAUAAUGAAGCUAUUACACAAGAAAUAGUUGGUUCUGCUCAUUUGGAGAAUUAUGCUUUGAAAAUGUUUUUGUAUGCAGACAAUGAAGAUCGUGCUGGGCGAUUUCACAAAAAUAUGAUCAAGUCCUUCUAUACUGCAAGCCUUUUAAUAGAUGUCAUAACAGUAUUUGGAGAACUCACAGAUGAAAAUGUGAAACACAGAAAGUAUGCAAGAUGGAAGGCAACAUAUAUCCAUAACUGUUUGAAAAAUGGAGAGACUCCUCAAGCAGGCCCUGUGGGGAUUGAGGAGGAUAAUGAUGUUGAGGAAAGUGAAGAUGCUGGUGCAGCCUCUUUUCCUGCUCAGCCACCUCAGCCGUCCUCCUCUUCAGCUUACGACCCAGGCAGCAUCCCAUCAGGUAGCUAUUCUGGAAUCCAGAUCCCUCCAGGUGCACAUGCUCCAGCAAACACACCCGCAGAAGUGCCGCACAGCGCAGGUGUAACGAGUAAUCCUAUCCAGCCUUCUCCACAGACCAUCCCAGCCAUUGAUCCUGCACUGUUCAGUACAGUUUCCCAGGGGGAUGUCCGUCUAACCCCAGAGGACUUUGCUAGAGCUCAAAAGUACUGCAAAUAUGCGGGCAGUGCUUUGCAGUAUGAAGAUGUAAGCACAGCGGUACAGAAUCUAGAGAAGGCCCUCAAGCUGCUGACGACAGGCAGAGAAUGAAGCCUUUGUACAAGAGAUUCGUGUAUUUUUGGCAUAAGGAGCUAACGUUCAUUACUCUAUCAGAAGCACAGUUUUUUAAGGGGGACUUUAGUUCCAUUGAAUGUGACAAUGAAAUCUGUGUCUAUCUGGCUCCUGCUGAAGCACUCAGCAGCAGCCUCAGCCAGUUUCCAUUGUGCUUUACUGGAUCCCAUGAUCUCUGAGUCUACAGGGCUGAUGUUAGCGAGAUCUUAUAAAAUGUCAUUUGAACCCUACUUUAAAGUGAAAACACACCACAUAAAAUUAUGUUGAGAAUAAGCUUGCUAAUUCAGGUACAUUAAGGGAUUUUCUAAAAAUCUAUACUAUUUGGACAAACCACAUUACUUUGCUAUACAACUCUAAAUUUAACUUUUAAUAAAGAUUGCCAGAAUGUUCCUAGAGAUCAUGUUUUUGUUUUCCUCAGAUUUUACGAAAUUAAUACGAACAUGGGAAAUGUUAGAGGAACCCAAAAGACAUUAUGGAAAAACCCUUAAUAUAUAUUCAUAGUAGAUAUAACAACAUUACAAAUUUGAAACUUUGUGAAAGGAAAUGAAAAUGAGGUCAAGCAGUCGAGCCCCUUUUAGACUCCAGGAUGACAUUGGUUUCCUUAUUUGAUUCCCCUUAUCCACUGAAGCUUAAGAUGAGUUGGCAUUUGCUUCAUUGGCAGUUUGACUGCAUGUAUUAGAAAAUGAAAAAUCAUUUGUAGGAAUACCUGGGAACUUGGUGCUUUAAGUUAAGGUUUUCCUCAUCAGCUGUGGAGUGGAUUCCACAGAAUAUAUAUAUAUAGGUGGGAUGAUGCUGAAGAUUAUAGGACUUCAGGUUCUCAGCCGUUAAGUUUGUAAGUUUUGUAAUUAUAGACUUCCUGUGUCACCUGCAUUUGUGCUAUGUAGAAAAUAAAUACAAGGAUUCUUUUAAUUAGUUCAGCGUACUACAAAGCCAAAUGUCUGUUUUGAUUUGCAUGGUAGAAUUGUCCUUUUGAAACGUGUUUAUAUUUAGGUAUAGGAAUACAAAUAUCUCUAUAGUAAGAAGCAGUGUUUUAAGGUUAAUUUGACAAAUUCAUCUGAAACUUACGUGUUCUCUUUUGUGUGUGGCACUUGGAUUGAAAUCUGUUACAUUUUGGUGAGCUGUGGCCUGUGGGUGGCUCACCUAUGAGAUAAAGUUUUACUGGAACAAAACCACACUCAUUCAUUUCUGUUCUGUCUGGUUGCUCUGCACAACUAUAGAGUUGUGUGGCUUGCCAGCUAGGGAGAUUGUCUUGCCCUUUAAGAAGAAAUAUACUAAUACCUAUUCUAAUUGCUUUGUUAAAAAAAAAAAAAAAUGAAUCACUUGUAACUAUUUGUGUUCAUCGUUCUUUGCAUAAAUAUAUGCAAAGUUUGAUAGAAUUAAUAUUCAGAUUGAAUGAACAAUUCUUAAGUACCACGAAAAACAAGUCUACCCCC